GGCUCGCUGCCAAAAAGUGUAACAGAAAAGAUGGCGGAUUUUCAGCUUUGCUGACGCCACAUGGUCCCCUUUGCCCAUGUUUUCCUGAUGCUGAGAGGAGUCCUGAGUUACAUGCCUUAUGGAUGGAGAAUAUAAACAAGAAUGCUGCUGUUGAGUUUACUCCAAAUAAGGGAAGUCGUGUCUGUUCCGAACAUUUUAGUGUGGACAUGAUGCAAAAAGUUGGGCAAAGGACAAUGCUGUUGCCAUAUGCUAUCCCAACAAUAUUUCAGAAGUCUCAGGAAACACAAAGUGUGAAAUGUGUAGAGGUUGCAUCGAAAGAUAUUGCAAGUUGGAUGUCAGACAGAGAUUGUGUGAGUAUGGAAGAGGUAGCUGAACAUAUAGUAAGCAAAGACAGUGCAGGAGAUACAACAACUGAGAGUGUUGGUAAAGUAGUUGUUCAGGGUGUCACUGAUAAGGUAAGCUCUUGUAAUGUAAGUGUACAGGGUAUAACAAAAGAGGUUAUUACUGAUGAUGUAAUUGCACAUGGAAGAAAAAGAAAGCCUUCAGAUGAAGACUUUGAUGAGAUGCUUAUUAAUGGGGUAAGUACUCCAAAAAGAAUACACAUGAGUCAUGUGAAUCAUGAUCACACCUACCAUAUCAGUAAAUCCCCUCGUAGAAUGAAGAAACAUGUAGACAAUCUUGUAAACAAAAUGACUAAAUUGCAGAACAAGUGUAAUGCAUCAAAGCAAAAGACAAGAAGGCUAAAGAGAAAGGUUAGCACUUUGGAGUCAGUGGUAAGUGAACUGAGGCAGAGUAAUCUUAUAAAUAGUGAUUGCGCUGCGAUUUGGAAACAACCUUUUCCGGAGUUCCAAAGGAACUGA